GAGGCUGGCGUGAGAAUCCGGGAGGUUUCGGGCGGGUUAGGGCUGCAAGGAUGGUAGCUGCUGAGCUGUAGCCCGAAGCGUGGGAGUCGGAGGGGACCGGCACAGGCCGCUCUCUCGCACUCCUUCCUCCCUCUGUGCCCGCUGCCAUGUUGGCCGCUCUGAGGUUAGCGCUGCGUCCGUGCGCCCGCGCCGCCAUCCCCGCGCUGCGCGCCUAUCAUGGGGACUCCGUGGCCACGCUGGGCACCCAGGCGGACUCGAGCUCUGCGGUCUACCAGGAAAACUACAAACAGAUGAAAGCACUAGUAAAUCAACUCCAUGAGCGAGCACAGAAAAUAAGACUAGGAGGUGGUGAGAAAGCCCGGGCACGUCACGUAUCAAGAGGAAAACUGUUACCUAGAGAAAGAGUCGACUGUCUUCUAGACCCAGGGUCUCCAUUCCUGGAAUUAUCCCAGUUUGCAGGUUAUCAGUUGUAUGGUGAUGAGGAGGUCCCAGCAGGUGGCAUUAUUACAGGCAUUGGGAGAGUGUCAGGAGUAGAAUGCAUGAUUGUUGCUAAUGAUGCCACCGUCAAAGGAGGUACCUACUACCCAGUGACUGUGAAAAAGCACUUACGAGCACAAGAAAUUGCGAUGCAAAACAGGCUCCCCUGCAUUUACUUGGUUGACUCAGGAGGGGCAAACUUACCUCGACAAGCAGGUGUAUUUCCAGAUCGAGAUCACUUUGGACGCAUAUUCUAUAAUCAGGCAGUUAUGUCUUCUGAAAGUAUUACGCAGAUAGCAGUGGUCAUGGGCUUCUGUACAGCAGGAGGAGCUUACUUGCCUGCAAUGGCUGAUGAAAACAUCAUUGUACGCAAGCAAGGUACCAUUUUCUUGGGAGGACCCCCCUUGGUUAAAGCAGCAACUGGAGAAGAGGUGUCAGCUGAGGAUCUUGGAGGUGCUGAUCUUCACUGCAGAAAGUCUGGAGUAAGUGACUACUACGCUUUGGAUGACAAUCAUGCCCUUCACUUAGCUAGGAAGAUUGUGAGGAAUCUAAAUUAUCAGAAGAAAUUGGAUGUUACUGUUGAACCUUCUGAAGACCCUUUAUUUCCUGCUGAUGAAUUGUAUGGAAUAGUUGGUACUAAUCUUAAGAGGAGCUUUGAUGUCCGAGAGGUCAUUGCUAGAAUCGUGGAUGGAAGCAGAUUUGAUGAAUUCAAAGCCUUAUAUGGAGACACAUUAGUCACAGGAUUUGCUAGAAUAUUUGGAUACCCAGUUGGUAUUAUUGGAAACAAUGGAGUUCUCUUUUCUGAAUCUGCAAAAAAGGGGGCUCAUUUUAUCCAGUUAUGCUGCCAAAGGAAUAUCCCUCUGCUGUUCCUUCAAAACAUUACAGGAUUUAUGAUUGGUAGAGACUAUGAAGCUGAAGGAAUUGCCAAGGAUGGCGCCAAGUUGGUGACUGCCGUGGCCUGUGCCAAUGUGCCUAAGAUAACCGUCAUCAUUGGGGGAUCAUAUGGGGCUGGAAACUAUGGGAUGUGUGGCAGAGCAUAUAGCCCAAGAUUUCUCUACCUGUGGCCAAAUGCUCGUGUCUCAGUGAUGGGAGGAGAGCAGGCAGCUAACGUGCUGGUGACAGUAGCAAAGGACCAAAGAGCACGGGAAGGGAAACAGUUCUCCAGUGAUGAUGAAGCAGCUUUAAAAGAGCCCAUCAUUAAGAAGUUUGAAGAGGAAGGAAACCCUUACUAUUGCAGUGCAAGGCUGUGGGAUGAUGGGAUUAUUGAUCCAGUGGACACCAGGCUGGUGCUGGGUCUCAGUCUUAGUGCAGCCCUCAACGCACCAAUCCAGAAGACUAGCUUUGGCACCUUCAGGAUGUAAUUGGAAUGUAAAGCAUCUUCCACUGGACAUGUACUAAAAAUUAAUAAUUAGUAGCCUUAAAAUUUUCAACUUUUUCAACAUGUGGCUAUUACAGUAAACUUGUUUUAACACAGUGCAUUGUACUUUUCUACCUUAAAAAAUGUCAGUGAAGAUAUUUAUUUCAUGACCUUCAAUUCCUUGUAAAUUUUCUCAGAGAAACUUUUCUGUAGCUUAGCUUUACCACCCAUAAAAGAGACUAACUUAACAGUUAUCCUUUUAAAACCAUAAGUAGUAUGAAAAGUUCUGUAAUCUGUAAAUUCCAGGUAUUGUUGAGAUUAUUAACAUAAAGUUGUGUUUCCACUGAAGAGAUUGCUUUGCUGAUUAUGCAUGGUGAUUUUUUAAAUGUACUUUAAAAAAAUCAAUUACUUUUCCCUCCAGCCACUGUCCUCCGCUUCCAUAAUUGGCAGACUUCUUGCUGUCUGCACUGUGGGCUCUAUUUCCUACCUGUCCUCUCCUCACCCUCUCGCUUUCUGGCUUCCUCUGCUAACAGCCCUCUCCAGGGUCACUAUUGACCUCUAUGUUGCUGAAACCAGGGGGCUUCUUUCCGACUUUUAUCUGAUUUAAUUCUCUGGGUCAUUCACAUCAGUCAGACACUUCCUCCUAGAAAUGCUGUCAUUAGCGUCCAUGACUAACGCUCUAGGUUUCCUACUAACCUCCUUGGUCAUUCUCUUCCAGUUUUCUUUGCAGGCCCCACAUCCUCUGCUGAGUCCUCCUUCCCUUCACCAUUUGUCUUGAUUUUUCACUGGUAGUAUGUGAAUACUUUUCUUAUUCUAAAAGACACAUUCAUUGUCUUUUAACUGUGGUAAAAUGUAUAUAACAUAAAGUUUACCAUUUUAACCGUUUUUAACUGUGCUGGUCUGUGACAUUAAGUACACGGAACAUUGUUGUGUAACCAUCACCACUAUCCAUCUCCAGAACUUUUCAUCAUCUGAAACUGAAACUCUGUUAUUGAACAGUAACUCCUCAUUCCCUCCUCUCCCUGGCUCUGGCACAUCUCCUUUUUCUUUCUUUCUUUUUUUAAAAAUUGAGAUAUAAUUGAACAUAACACAAUAUUAGUUUCAGGUAUAAACAUAAUGAUUCAGUAUUUGUAUAUACUGCAAAAUGAUCACCAAAAUAAGUCUGGUUACCAUCCAUCAUCAUACAGAGUUACAAAGUUUUUUUUUCUUUUUUUCUUCUGAUGAGACUUUAAGUUUUCUUGCCUAGCAAAUUUCAAAUAUGCACUACAGGAUUAUUAAUUGCAGUUACCAUGCUGUACAUUACAUCCCCAGGACUUAUUUAUUUUAUAACUGGAAGUUUGUACCUUUUGACCCCCUUCACUUAUUUUGUCCAUUCCUACCCCUCUCUUUUCUGGUAAUCACCAAUCUGUCUAUGAGCUUGGUUUUUUUUUGUUUUGCUUUGUUUUGUUUUUUGGUUUCCAAAUAUAAGUGAGAUCAUAUGAUAUUUGUCUUUCUCUGUCUAACUUACUUCAUUUAGCAUAGUGACCUCAAGGUCCAUCCAUUGUUGUUGCAAAUGGCAAGAUUCCGUUCUUUUUUAUGGCUGAAUAUUAUUCUUCCUCAUUCUUUUUUUUUUUAAACUUUUUUUAAAUUGAGUUAUAGUCAGUUUACAACGUUGUGUCAAUUUCCAGUGUAGAGUACAAUUUUUCAGUUAUACGUGAACAUACAUAUGUUCAUUGUCACAUUCUUUUUCGCUGUGAGCUACCACAAGAUCUUGUAUAUAUUUCCCUGUGCCUCCUCAUUCUUAAAUGUAUGUGUUUUUCAUGGCUUGAUUUAUUCUCACUGGUUGAGUUUAGCCCUUCUUACGGCUUCAGUUGCCAUCUAAAUGGAGAUGAUCUCUGUAUUGACAGUUGUUAAUAUAGUUCUCCCCUGAGCACCAGACCGGCAUAAUUGAACAGGUCUGAGGAACCUGGAUUCAGUUAUCAAGUUCUAUCGAUUUUGCCUGUUAGCUCUUAAAUUCCCCCUCUAUUUUUAUCUUGUACACAGGCCUUAGAAGUGGUCUACCUGCAACCAGUCUUAACCUAUUCCAGUCUCUCCAUCACUCUGGAAUGAGGAUGGCCUUCUAAAGUGCACAUCUGUCCUGCUGCUCCCUUACUGACAUCUUUCCCUGGUUCCUUGUAAAAGUGCAAACCCCUAAUGCCCUCCAUGGAUCUUGGUCAUCACCUUUUCAGUCUCAUCUCCUUGACUCCUCUUUUCACACUUGGUGCUCCACCCGUUCGAGACUUUUUCCAGUUCCUUGAACCUACAAAGUCCCACCCACCCAUCCAAGCCUCUAUCAGUUUCCCUCUGCCUGAACUGUUCUUUUCUCCCUUCUUAAAAUACUUAUCUCUUUGUCUUUGUGAUUUGCCUGGGCUGGGUUAGACACUUACUGUGUGCUCCUGUAGAGCACCAUCUACUUCCUGUCACUCCCUCUGUCUUAAUCUGUUAUAAGAAAUAUAAACAUUUCUUUAAUAGUGUCGUCCUGCUCUAUAGAAUGUGAGCUCUGUGAGAGCAGGGAUCCUCCUGUUUGGCCUAAAUUUCCAAUUCCUGGCACUUAUAGGUGCUCAGUUAUUUGUUGAAUGAAUGAAAAGUCCCUGUCUUAAUUGUGUCGUCAGGCCACAUCAUUUUAAAAUUAAGUGAUAUAUGAUUUAAUACAACUAUCAAAUGCUUUCCUAAUAAAAUUAAUUCAAACAUU